CCAAUCAACCUCCUCCUAUUCUCAUGCAACCCAACCUCCAAAAAUUCAACAUUAUAUUUUUUCCUAACCUCCUCUCCUUCACCAACACCGCGCCCCAUCUUUCAUGGAGGGGCGGGUCCCACCACCUGCCGUGGCCGACAAAAAGUUUGACCUACCUCUCCCUCCUUGUGCCCGACCCUCAGGUCCACCGUCAUCAAUGUCACCACCACCACCACCAUCGUCAGAAACCUACAUUGUCCAAAUCCCGAGGGACCAAGUCUAUCGCAUUCCACCCCCCGAAAAUGCAAGAAUUGUCGAAACUUAUCGCGACCCUCAAAAAUCUAAAGGUCGAUGUGGCGGUAAAUGUUGCCUCUGGAUCCUCAUAUCCACUGUCGUCCUUGCUGUCCUCAUUGGCAUCACCGUAGCGAUUGUUCAUUCGUUUUUCAACCCUAAAACACCCGAAUUCUCUGUCACAAAAGUCCUUGUCAAGAACCCUAAAAAACAAGCACAUGCACACCCUAGUUAUGAAAUUUCAUUGAAAGCCAACAAUCCAAACGAAAAAAUGAGCGUUGUGUACGAAAAAGGUGGAAAGGCAUCGCUUUCUUUCACGAAGAAACAGAUUGCAAGCGGUAAAUUUCCAUCGUUGACUCAAGACGCCAAGGACUCAACAAAUGUUCACCUAACCCUAGCUGGCUCGAGCGCAAUGCUUCCCAGCGAGGUUGAGAAAAGCAUGAAGAGCACGAAGUUGAAAUUGCCUGUUUCGUUGUCUUUGAUGAUUAAUGUGCCUGUAAAGUUGAAGGGUUCAAUGGAAACGAGCAAAGAUUUGACGGUGACGUGUGAUUUUAAGGUGAGUACGUUGGCUUCAGGCACGAACGUUUCAUCGCAAAAAUGUGAAACCAAGUUUUAGCCCUAAAAAAAUGGAGGUGGCACCGUGGCAGUGGAGAGGAGGAGAUGGUUAUUGUUGUGAUUUGUCACGGCGAAAUGAUAUUCCGGCCUCUAAUUAUGUAUUUUCAUCAUGCUUUUGAUUUAAGCAUGUUGAUCCAAAAUCCAGCCAAUGGAAGUUUGAAACAAUGACACAAGAUUGGCUUUUCUCAACACAGCAGAUUGUAAGAUAAUUGUCAAAAUUCAAAAAAUCACGGUUAA